AUGCAAUUAAUUCGAAGAAAUCNGGCUCAACAUACAGCGUCGAUCCUAACAGACGGAACGAUACUAAUUGCAGGUGGAUGCUGUCCUAUUCUCAAGAGUGCUGAAUUGUAUAAUAUAUCAACAAAUACUUGGACAAUAACCGGAAGUAUGAAUGUUGAACGAAGAUUUCAUACAGCAUCGGUCUUAUCAAACGGGAAAGUGUUAGUAGCUGGCGGACAAGGAAGCGGUUCUCUAAACAGUGCGGAAUUGUAUGAUCCAUCAACGGGUAUGUGGACAAUUACUGGGAAUAUGAGUUUUGCACGAAAUUAUCAUACAGCAUCGAUCUUAUCAGAUAACACUGUAUUAGUGACUGGUGGAAUUGAUAGUAAUACUCUGAAUAGUGCCGAAUUGUAUGGUUAA